AUGAACAACUCGAGAAAAGCACCCCGAGUCUGCGGCAGCAAAGUAAAGACGGGCUGCAUAACUUGCAAAAAACGACGCAUAAAAUGCGACGAAGGACGGCCAAUCUGCCAGAGAUGCACCUCAGCAGGUCGUCCAUGUAGCUACACGGCCAUCCCAAAAUCGAAAUCAUCACCCGCGCUACGGGUGGUGGUCUACCGCGCACCGGAAUCUAGAUCGUCAUUCCUGACAUCCGACGAGGAAAGACAAUCAUUCGAUUUCUUCCUCCAUCAGACGAGGUACCGCUUUCCAGCCGACUUCUCCGAUCCGGUAUUACAAGCUGCACAUAGCGAGGAAGCCCUUACACAUGCUGUUAUCUCGUUCGGGGCCCUGCAACAGGUCUAUGAGUACAGUGAUGAUCCGUUCUUUAUAAGUCCACUGGCUCAGUUCGCUAUGCGGGACUAUGGCCGGGCACUACGGUAUGUGCGGACUCGGCUGGGAGAUGGCGGGAGGGAUCUGGCGCUGGUUUGCUGUGUGUUGUUUGCUUGCUUUGAGUGUAUGAGGGGCUGUCCGCGGGCGGCGGUUGUUCAUAUUAAAUCUGGUCUAGAUAUACUGCUGCGGUGUGUAGAGGGGCUGGAGUGGAAUGUUGUGUCGCGAGAAACGAUGCUAUCCCUGUUUAUGAGGCUGGAUAAUCAGCUGGUUGGGCUAUUGGGUACGUCGUUGCCUCAGACGUUGAAGCGGGAUGGUGAGCGAGGUCCGUCUAUCUUGUCGAGGAUUGAUAUCGAAUGUAAUGGUGGCGAUGUGGAGCGUUCCUUGGAUGCUGUGCUCAAUUCUAUUUUCCAUGAUCGGCUGAAUAUGGCGAUAAGUAUCGAGAAUCCUUCGACCGUUGUGCUUCCACUUGAUCAGGGACGGACGUUGAGGUAUUUGAAGGAGUGGCAUGGUAGGCUUAUGAAACCUACGCCCUCGCCAGGACGAUCUAGUCAACCUGAAACAUCAUAUUCACACGGUGAGGAUCUGGACCUUAUGCAAAUUUGGUAUAUCAUUGGGCAGAUGUACGUUGCUGUCAAGGCAAAUAGUCCAGAGUCUGUUUGGGAUCAGUUUCGGACGGAGUUCAACACGAUUGUUUCACUUGCGGAGAGUUAUUUAUCACGCAUGAGGCAAUUGUCACAAAAGAGAGCAUUUUCUUUCGACCUCGGUAUUGUCUCGCCGUUGUACAUUGUGGGAGUGCGAUGUCGGGAUAUACAAAUUCGUCGUCGGGCGAUCUGUCUACUAGAAACCUGCAAGCGACGGGAGAUACUGUGGGAUUCCACGAUUACUGCAAUGACUGCUAGGCAGGUCAUGGAGUUUGAGGAGUCUUCAGCCAUUGGGCCGCAGAAGUUGAGACAGAGAGUGAAAACAGUGACUGCCGUUUUGGAUGACGAUAAUGGGGUCAGUGUGAAGUUUGCAUCAUCAUUCAGAAUAUCUCUAGCGUAA